ACAGCAUUGCAGGAAGGAGUUUCAUUAUUCCAAAGCUUUGCUGAAAGGAUGGCGAAGCUUGUCGGUGCAACGCUGCGAAUAACGGUACUUCUACUUGCGUUGGGUUGUAUAGCAGCCAAAAGGUUUUCUAUAAUGGCUCCAAAUGUGUUUCACAUUGGUGUCCAAGAGAAGGUAUCAGUGACGGUGUUCGACGCACCACAACUGGUAACAGUGAAGUUGUAUCUACAGGACUAUCCACACAGACGAAAGACAUUCUCAGAAGUACAAGGAGUUGUUUCAAACGAUAACAGCGUUUUUCUGCCUGUAAAGGUGAAUCCGCAAGACCUUUCAGAUCCCAACUCUGUUGAUAAACAGUAUGUUUAUCUGAUUGCAAAGUCAGACGAUGGCCACUUUCAGUUUCACAAAGAAGCAAAGAUUCUUUUGAGUUACAAAGACGGCGUGGUAUUCAUACAGACCGACAAACCCAUCUACACACCGAGACAGAGUGUGAAAAUCAGAGUGAUGCCGCUCGAGUUUGAUAUGAAGCCAUCAAGGCGGAAGAUUACCGUGGUAGUUAUGAAUCCACAGGGUGUCCGUGUACAACAGUGGAAAGACUUGGAUACCACUACAGGUAUCAUAUCAAAAAGACUCGAACUGGGCGACUUUGUACUCCAUGGUAAUUGGACCAUAACAGCCGUUUACGGUCACCAGAACAUCCACAACACUUCUGUGCAGUUUGAAGUGAAAGAAUAUGUGCUUCCCAAGUUCUCGGUGAAACUCACAGUGCCACCUUACAUACUGAAAACUGAUAAUGAAUUCACGAUCAAUAUUACUGCAAGGUACACAUAUGGGAAACCUGUCCUGGCAAAUGCUAAAUAUUCUUUGUCUAUAGUGGGUCUUGAUGGUCAAACUAUAAUGUUUGAUUCGCAAACCAUCAUGCUCCACAGCAGUGGGGUUACUACUGUACCACGACGGGUCCAGAUGAUCCGAGACCUCCCUGGGAAAAUCUGGUUCCCGUUGCAAGCCAGACUUCUGGUUCAGGUUGAUGUUGUUGAGUUGGUGACAGGUAACACGGCAACAGUUGAGGAUAGGACGUGCCAAUUUACAUCAAGCCCUUACCGCAUUGCCUUCAAAAACACGCCAAGAUACUUUAAACCGGGAUUGCGGUAUGUAGUGAAGGCUUUGGUUACCUAUCCCAACAAAAAGCCAGCUAAGAAUGUUCCAAUGCUGAUUUCUGCCCAAGGGAUAAAAGGCGAUGCUAAAAAUGAUUUGAGGAGAGAGGAUCGAGACCCCAAUUCAGUAGACUUAACAGAUGAAAAUGGAGAGGUUGAGUUUGUGGUGGAUGCUUGUUUAGACUGUGACGAAAUUCAUAUUAAGGUUAAAACGGACAACCAGAAACUAACUCCUGAACAGAAUGCGGUGGCCAAUAAGGUGGUGACCCCAUUUGACGCAGAAAACGGACCGCUGAUUAUGGUGCGCCAGCUGACACAUGGAAAGGUUGGCCGUAAAAUACAGUGUGAAAGUUACCGAGACCGCAACGACGCUGCUGCUAAACUUUCGUUUGCGGUUGUGUCUCGUGGACGAAUUAUAUCUCACAACACAACAAACAAUUUUGACGGCAUGUUUAAAAGUUGGUCGUUCCGUGUCACUCCUGAAAUGUCACCAUCAGCGCGUCUGAUUGGUUAUUACAUUGACAGCAACGAACGAGUUGUAGCUGACAGCAUUUUGCUCAGAAUUGAUGACAAACUUCCCACCGAGGUCGAAUUUCCAGAUGCAUGGCAGCAGCAGUCCGACGGGAGUUUGGUGCAACUCAACGAAGUGGAACAACUCCCGGGGAAUCAUUACCGACUGCUAGUCAGGGCCCCACAAGGGACACGUCUGGGUCUUCUUAGUGUGGACCAAAGCGUGUACCUUUUGAGGAACGAGAACAGACUCACUAAGGAAAGGAUUUUCAAGGCCAUGGAGUGACUUGAUCUUGGUUGUGGUGUAGGAGGAGGAAGGAACAACAAAGACAUUUUUAAGAAUGCUGGUAUUGUCCUAAUGACUGAGAACUUUGUGAGUGACGGGAGAGAAGAUUACGGUUGCGACCACAAGAAUGCUCGGAAGAAGAGGAGUGCAAGCAAAGAAGAUUGCAGCAAAUCCUGUAAAUUGGGUCAAGAGCCCGACGAGGAUGGUAGAACAUGUGCGAGGCGCGCCGUGGAGGACUAUUCGGAACUUUCGCCCACUUGUAGAAAGGCGUUCUGGGAUUGCUGUAAAAAAAAAUUUGGUGCAGAAGAUUCUGCCCUUCUAGCAAGAAAUCUUGACCUCGGCGAUGGCUUUGAUCAAAGUGAAGAAGAAAUCCUCUCUCAAACUCAAGUGAGAUCUUUCUUCCCGGAAACCUGGAUCUACGACGAGAAAGUUGUUGGCUCGGAUGGAGUGAUUCAGAUGGGUGUCACCAUACCCGACACCAUAACCACGUGGGUGAUGCAGGCUGUGGCAAUCAACAACAGAACUGGACUGGGACUAGCCACACCUCUGAGGAUUUUGGCAUGGCGUGAAAUAUUUCUCUCUCUGAAGUUACCAUAUUCAGUCAAAAGAGGAGAGCAAAUAUCCAUACUGGCAACAGUUUUCAACUACCAUGACCAAGAGUUGACGGCAAAAAUUUACCUCAAGGGCGACAAAGAUUUUUGUUCGAUUGCUGCUGAUGGUAAGCGUGGUCUGAUUGGAACAGUUAAAAUUCCACCUAGCGAUGCUCGCUCGGUGGCCGUGCCAAUUGUUCCUAAGAGAAUUGGAGAAAUCUCCAUUGAGGUCUCAGCCAUCCUAGCAGGCGAAAUUGAUGGAUUUAUGUUCAACCAAGGUGGAGAUUCCGUGAGAAGAAAACUUCUCGUUGUGCCGGAAGGAAAGGAAACUCGAAAAACGCAAUCCUUUGUAUUGGAUCCAAAUGGAAACCUAAACGACGGUCCUAAAAAUGGAGAUCACAGCCAAAACAAACCAACAGCUGCACCUUUCCAGAGUCAAUCGCAUGUGGAUGGUAACGGCCAGCAUGAUAUUAUCAAGUUGGAUUUUCCAAAGAAAGCCAUUCCUGGUUCAGUCGGUGCAAUGGUUUACGUGACAGGAAACCUUCUUGGUCCAGUUGUUAACACUACUAUUGAGGGAGGUCUGGAGAGAUUUAUCGGACAACCUACUGGUUGUGGAGAGCAAACUAUGAUCGGGCUUGCACCGAACGUCUACGUCUUAAAAUAUCUGAUGCACACCAAUCAGCUGACUGGUGCAAACGAAGCAAAUGCUUAUCGAUUCAUUCAAUCAGGCUAUGAAAGAGAAUUGAACUAUCGUCGAAGUGAUAUGUCGUUCAGCGCAUUUGCCAGCCGACCUGGAAGUACAUGGCUGACCGCUUUUGUAAUGAGAGUAUUCUGUGAGGCUCAGCAAUUUGCAGGAGUCAACAUUGAUGAAGAAAUGGUUUGUCGGUCUGUUGGUUGGCUAACGAAUAACCAGCGGGGAGAUGGGGCCUUGCCCGAAGUCCACGCGGUCAUUCAUAGAGAGAUGGUGGGAGGUGUUUACACAGAGGGAGAUGUUGCCAUGACAGCCUUUGUUUUAACUGCCCUGGCGGAAUGCAAAUGCUCAGUAGUGGCCUCAACAGCCUCCAUAAUUCGCGCAACAGACUACUUGGAGAAGCAGUACAAAAACUUGAACAGACCUUACAGUAUGGCUCUCACAGCAUAUGCUCUGGCAUUGGUGAAUAGCAAAGAAAAGUUCAAUGCCAACGACCGCCUGGUACAAAGAGCCAUGUAUGACAAUGCUAAAAAGUCUCGUUACUGGAAUACUGGUGGCAACGCACUGGAUGUGGAGACCGCUGGAUAUGCGCUGAUGACUCAAGUCCUUCUCGGACGCACAGGUUACGCAGGUCCUAUUGUCACCUACAUGACUAGUCAGAGGCAGGGCGGUGCUGGAUUCGUGUCUACUCAGGAUACAGUGGUCGCUCUUCAAGCUCUGGCUAUGUACAGCGAACAGACCGCAGGUAACAACUUGGAUAUGAGAGUGAAAUUGUCAUCAGAAGUGGAUGGUGACUGGAAACCAGCGCCGGUGCGCAUCACGUCAGAUAAUGCGCUGCUGCGGAGACAAUUUGAUAUCAAGGAUCUCCUUGGGGGAAAUCUCUUUGUUGACACUCAAGGAAGCGGAGUAGGAAUGCUGGAGGUUGAAGUUCGUUACAACGUUCCUUCAACACGCGGCGAGAUUUGUAAGUUUGACCUAAACGUGACGGUUAAAGAAAUUAAAGAACCUCAAGUUGGCAAUCUGUUUGGUCCUGUGCAAGAUGAAGCUGAGGAAGAUGAAGGGCAAGAUAAAAAGAAUCAGAAGGGAAAAGGAGGAAUUAAACGAUGUAAGAAACUAAAAGGCAAGAAAGCGAGAAGAAAGUGCAGAAAAGAGGAGAAAAGAAAGGAGAAGGAAAGAAAGGAAAAAGAAAAGAAAAAGAAUAAGAAUAAAAACAACAAAAGGCCACCACCUAAACAUCAGCCCGUGCAGAGCAUUCACUUGAAAAUAUGCACUCGAUACAAGGAGAACGGUAAUAUUGGAAUGUCCAUUAUGGAUAUUGGAAUUUUGACUGGAUUUAAACCCGAUCAGAACUCAUUGAAUAAGUUGAAGGAUAUGGGUGAAGUGGAUAAACUUGAGGUUUCACACACCUCACUGGUUGUUUACCUCAGUGAGAUUCGCAAUGACCGUCCUCUGUGUGUAGAUGUUCGGUUUGAUAGAGAAUAUUAUGUGGGAGUCGUGCAAGCGGUACCGGUGAAUGUAUACGACUACUACGAACCAGAUCAAUCUUGCGGCAAGUUUUAUGGACCUGACAAGCACAGCCCGUUACAGUUAGGAGUUUGUGAACUUGGCUCGAGAUCGUGCAAAUGCACCCAAGAUGAAUGUGCUCAAGAAGAUCCUCCUAUUGGCAAUGUGGACAAGCUGAUUGAUGACGCUUGUCGCAAUUACAAUUACGUUAUAAAAGGAAAGGUUUUGUUGAUCGAUGAAGAAGGUAGUAUGCUCAGCUACGUAGUCGAGGUUUUGCAAGUUAUUCAACAAGGCCACAAGGACUUAAAGGUUAAAGAGAGGAUCGAGCUUAAGAAACGUGGAUCGUGCCAGAGUCCCGAUAUGAAGGAAGAUAAAGAGUAUUUGAUCAUGGGAUUGGAUAAAGGAGGCAGGUAUCAGCUGGACAAGACCGCGUUUGUUAAACUGUGGCCAGAGAAGCGUAAUCUCAACAAGGACAUCUUGGAAGAUUUUGCUCAAAGAUAUGCCUGUCCUUAGUUUUUUUAUCGAUUUUUGCCAUUUUGAUUUGUUUUCCGCACAUUUUGCUAGCUUGCUAAACUUGCACAUUUUAUUAGUUCCCAAUUGCUGCAAGCAGCAUAAAUAGAGAAGUUUACUUGAUGCAGUUGCCUUAGUUUUGCAGACUAAAUAAGUUUCUUGCUGGCGUUAACAAGUGAGUUAUUUUUAAGCAUAAAAAACCUUCAAAGGUAUACGUAGUUUGUAUUUAGUUUCAAUGAGCAAUAGCAGAUAAUUUGGCCGAUUUCAUGUUCAUUUAUACGUCUUGGAAGCAGCUGAAACGAAGAAAACUAGAAAGAGUUUCAUAAGAUGUUUUUUAUCAUUAUUUCUAGAGAAAUUAUUUGGGAAUAUAACAAAUAUUUUAAAUCAAACCUGUCUAGUAAAGAAAGCGGGUUUUAUUUGAGAUUCUUAAUGCCCCAAGAAGUGUAGAGAAAUCAAACAGACAAACAAAAAGAGAGAAAUAGAAAACUAUUUGGCCAGUAUCCAGCUAUUUGACUUUUUCAUAAUUAGUCGAUAACGCAUAACUUCAUUAAGGAAAAUAUUAGUUUUGAAAUGUUGAAUAAACUAAGUGCAUUAAUUCUUA